CCCUGACGCUUCUGAAACAUAAACACUGAUUUGGAAUGCAAAACUGAAAGUAACACUUCAGAUUCCUUUACCAGCCCAGGGGAGAAGACCAUUUUUAACUCUCUGAGAGCUUUGGUACCUCCCCACUGUUUAAAGAUGGGAUCAAGCUCAAGUUCAUCUGCCAGUUCAUCCUCUGCUUAUCAGGCCAAUACUCUAAGGAUUGUACUUGUUGGGAAAACUGGAAAUGGGAAAAGUGCAACAGGGAACACCAUCCUUGGGGAGAAAGUUUUUGAAUCUAAAAUUUCAGCGCAUGCUGUGACCAAGAGCUGUCAAAAAGGAGUUGGAACCUGGAAAGGGAAAAACCUUAUAGUUGUUGACACACCUGGACUGUUUGACACAAAGAACAGCCUAGAAACCACUUGCAAUGAGAUCAGUCGCUGUGUCAUCUAUUCCUGCCCAGGGCCACAUGCCAUUAUUCUGGUUCUGCAACUAGAUCGAGAUACUACUGAAGGAAAACAUACUGUCUCUUUGAUUAAGGCACUCUUCGGGAAAUCAGCCAUGGACUACAUGGUCAUCUUGUUCACUCGGAAAGAUGACUUGAAAAAUAUGACAGUAGGUGACUUUGUAAACGAGUCUAAGAACCUCCAAAGUCUCGUCCAAGAGUGUAGUGGUAGAUGCUGUGCCUUUAACAACCAUGCUAAGGGCAAUGAAAGAGAAGUUCAGAUGAAUGAGCUGCUGCACAUGAUUGAGAAGAUGGUGCAGAAUAAUAAGGGGAAAUAUUUUUCAGAUAAGAUAUACCAGAAAACUAAUGAGUCACUGAAAAGAAGACAAAGUACCCUGAUGAAAAUCUACACUGAAGAAAGAGACAAUGAACUGAAAAUUAUAAAUCUAGAAUAUGCUAACAUAGGUCCUCUGACAGAAGAGCAAGAAAAGGAAAAGCAAGGAAAAAAAAGACAGGUAGAGAGGAUAUAUGAAGAAAAAAUGAAAAAUGUAAACUCAGAGGCUGAGAAGCCUAUGUUUGAAGAUAUUAUUCAGUUUAUUAUGGAUGUGGUUUCUAAAAUUUCUGGUUGGUUAAGCAAAUAAUGGUCUGCCUGGUUGGGUUUUAUUUGCUUUCAGUUAAUAUCUUCAUAAAUGUUAAUAUCCUGGAUGUACAGAAUUAUAAACUUAUAAAUGGAUAGAAUUAGGUCUAAUUUCCUCCCUGCCACUAAAAGAUAAGGAAUUUUCAGGCCAAGCAACACUCUAUCUUGGGGGUAGAGCCCAACUAGAGAUUUCCUACAUUAUGCCUCCCACAAUUGAAUUCCCCACUUGUUUUAUCUGAGCCUUCAUUUACCAAGUGCCUAGAGAGCUGGGGCCCAAGUAUAGAGUCUGAGGCUCUGCCACUUCAAAUAUUUUAUAGAAGCAGGUAUUUAAUUGGUAAUGAAUAAUUGCAUAAAUAAAUAAGAAUUGUGGCUCUUUAAGCAUGGGAGAAAUGUCUACAGAGGGAGGAGGACCAGGGGUUAGUGAUGGUUUGUUCAUUUGCUUUUAGGUCCUACCAUCAUAGAGGUCAAAUUGUUCCCUGGGCAGCUUCCUGACUCUGUACUUUCCUGAGUCUGAUUCUCCUGGAUUCCCAGAUGGUGUUGGUCUCCCAUGUUUAUUAAUUCUUUUCAUGUAUCACCUGCACACUUAACAAAUAAACAAAAGCUAUUCUCCUUCCUCCUAAACACUCAGCCCUAACAUUCAUUUCAUUUUUGCAUCUGUUCAGUUGCUAUGAUCCAGAGAUUUCUGUCCAUUGAUUUAGCCUGUGCAGAAUGUAAACUCUUCAUUAGAAUGGAUUGUUUCAUUUAUUAUAUUUGUACUCACAGUUCCAGAAUUGUCUACCAUAUAUCAAAUAAAUGAUGAUUGUUGAGCUCA